UUCUUGGACAGAUUAGAAAACGUUAGUUACACUCGACAUUGGAGGAAUAACAAUACGAUUUUAUUUUGUGGGAGGAAAACCUUUUUCUUUCUUAACCGAGUGAAGGAAAAAAGCUCACACAUUUCUUGAGGCUUUAUAAAAGCUCCUCAAGGCCCAACCAAACUUGUGUUCAUCAGGCCCAAAAGACACUGAAAGCCCAUUCCUCUUGUCCACCACCUGCAGCCUCUCCUCACUGAACUUGCCAACCAACCAUCCCCAAAACCACAACCCCAAAGCCCCCCGCCGGCGAUCCCCACCCACGAUGGCCGGCGAGCCUCCCCCCUCGCCCGCCGGCGCGGCAGCGGAGCCCGAAGCCGAGGCCGAGCGCCUCCUGGCGCUGGCAGAGGCCGAGCUCUCCGCGGGGCGCCUCCGCGCGGCCCGCAAGCACGCCCGCCGCGCCGCCCUCCUCGACCCGGCCUCCCCGCGCGCCGCCCUCCUCGCCACCGCCACCAACGUCCUCGUCGCCGACGCCUCCUCCCACUCCGCCGUCCUCCUGCUCCCCGACGACGACUCCGCCUCGCCGAUCUCCGCCUCCGCCCUCCGCCGCCACUUCAAGUCCCUCGUCAAAUCCCUCCGCAUCCACCCCGACACCGCCGCCGCCGCCUCCCCCGCCGUCGCCGCGGCGGUCGAGGAAGCGCUCGGCCGCGCCGCCGAGGCCUACGAGGCGAUCACCGCCCCCGCCCUGCCCACCUUCUGGACGACCUGCGCCGGCUGCCGCCUCCUCCUCGAGUUCGAGCGCAAGUAUGUGGGGUACCGCCUCACCUGCCCCUCCUGCCGCCGGAAGUUCCUCGCCGCCGAGGUGCCGCCUCCGCCGGAGGCGGAACCCACUGUUCCUUCACCGCCCCCGCCGGCCAAGAAGCCCAAGACCGAGAAGCUGGAGAUGACGCUUGCCGAGAUGCAGCUCCAGCUCGCCAAGAAGAGAGGGGCAAAGGCUUCCAAGAGCAAAUCCAGAGUCGAGGUGGAGGAAGAGGACGGCGAGGAGGUUGUGGCGGAGAACAAUCAUUCCGACCUUAUGGCUGUGGUGGACUCUGACUUCUACAAUUUCGACGCUGAUCGCGGCGAGAGGUGCUUCAAGAGAGGCCAGCUCUGGGCUUUGUACGGCGAUGAUGAUGGCAUGCCACGCCACUACGCAUUGGUGGAUGGGGUGCUGCGAGGCAGCCGAUUCCGAGUCCAGAUACGGUGGCUGGAUGGGGGGGAGGGGAAGCCAUGUGGGCGGUUCAAGGUUGGGAGAGCAGAGACUCUGCAUUCAGUCAAUGUCUUCUCGCAUCUUGUCGCCUGUGAGAGGGUGGCGAGGGAGCUGUACCGGGUUUAUCCCAGGAAGGCCUCAGUUUGGGCAUUCCAUGCUGACAAGGAGAGCAACACAGGGAGGGGAAAGUAUGAAAUUGUGGUGUUUCUCAGUGGUUACAGUGGGCAGUAUGGUGCUAGCUUCGGCUAUCUGGAGAAGGUGGAAGGCUUCAGGAGCAUCUUCACACGCCGGGAUGUCGGUACCCAUGCCGUGCACUCCCUUCAGGAAGGUGAUCUUGGGGCGCUUUCGCAUCAGAUACCGGCAAGGAAGGUGACCAAGGGUGAGGGAUCAGCGCUGCCUCCUGGGGAUUGCUGGGAACUUGAUCCUGCAUCCUUGCCUCCUGAGUUGCUGCGCCUCGAACCACAGAAAUGACUUAAUUGCUGAUGACAAAGGUGGACGUGUAGAGGAUUGACUGCAUAGCAUACGGAGGAAGGCUGUUGCUUUGGUCUGCCAUGUCAAAUGGUGUGAGGGUGCAUCUGCUUUGCCAACUCUAGCUGGGCAUUUGCUCCAUGUUUAUGAUCCUUCUUCAGGUAGGUGCUUAGAUAGCAUGAUGAUACUUGUAGGUGUUUUCGAGUGUUCAGUUCUGCUGCCCACUAUGUAUGAAAUCAUCGAAAUGAAUGAUCAUUUGGUAUUGAUGGACUAAACACUACUUCCUCCAUCCCAAAUUAUAGGUCAUUUUGGGUUUUUUUAGGUUCAUAGAAUCUAGACACACCGCAUAUGUAGGUGCAUGGCAAAAUUUAUGGAUCUAGAGAAGCCAAAAUGACCUAUAAUUUGGGACGGAUGGAGUACUAUGGUAUAUGAAUGAUUCUUAUGAACUGGUUCCA